AUGGCGCGCCGUGGCAGAGGAGGUGGGAAACGCGGGCCCGACCUGGCAUGGGACGACGAGGAAGACGACCCGUCGACAUUCAACACCCCUAACAGGCCAGCGCCGCAGUUUCCUGACAUCCAACUACCGGUGCCUCGACCCAUCUCAGCCGUCGAACGGGCGUGCGUGCAAAACUACCUGCGGCUCCGCGACCGAGCUCACAACGGACCCUACUACUCGGUGCUGGACGCGAGCAGCCUGGCAGAUGCGAAGACCGGCAAAGUCAUCAAGCGAGCGGGCUUCGACCCUUUCAACGACCAGGAGAAGUACACGGCGAAAUACUACAAGAAGAAAAGGACGGUCCCGGACCUGAGCGGACGAAAUCACGAGUUGAGAUACUUCCCCACGGAACUGUGGCCGCUCCUCGACCCACGACACACACACUCACUGUGGAAAUCGACCGACAUCGACAUCGACGCCGAGACCAACGCGCCGCGCAAGAAGCGGAAGCGGGACGUGGUCAUCGAAGAGGAGGAGAACGAAGACGAGGCGGAGAAAGCCAACGACAGCGAUGACGGCUCGGAUCCCUUGCUGUCCGGCACGCGGCGGUCCCGCAACAGCACCAAGCGGCGGCGCGACAACCUGACGACGCGCAAGGCCGGCGAGAAGCGCGGCCUGGACGCCGAGGACGACUUCUCCGAGGAGGAGAUCCAGCCGCGACCGCGGCGCAACAAGAAGGACAAGGCUAAAGGCUCGGACGACGAGGAUGACGACGACGACGACGAGAACAACAACGACAACAACGACAAUGACAACUCCUCGAACUCGGAUGACGACGACGACGAUGACGGCUCCGCCGACGACGAGCCCGUCGACUCGGAGUUCGAGGAGUCGGACGACGACGCCAAUGACUACGAUGCCGAAAAGUACUUCGACACCGGCGAGGGUGAUGAUGACGACGGCUUGGGCGGUGGUGGUGGCGGCGACGACGAUGGAGGCGUCUACUAA